AUGCGUUCAGUGACGAACGGGCUUAGCACCGGCGGUUCUUUAGCGGUUGCUUACAAGUUGCUGUCGUGGGCAGACAGGCAACCUCUGCCAUUGCCUCUUGAGGCAGGUUGGCAUUUCGACGCCCUCAGCUGCUUGGUUGGCUUGAUUGUGGGCGUGGUGCUGGUUUUGGUGGUGGAGGCCUGGGUGACGGCGAGACUGGCCUUUCAUACCUGGCUGCAACAGGUGGAAGUUGCAGAGCUACGUGAGGAAGUUGAUUCUUUGAAACUGGAAGUUGGGCGGUUGAGAAGGGAAUUGGCUGCAUUGCGUGUGAGAACAGGAAGCGAAAGCUACACCAGGGAUUCUGAAAGCGAAGGUUCUUUCAGUGUCGCUUCUCAAGGUGCAAUUGCUGCGCCGCCGCAGCGUGGUCCUCUUCCUCCUGCUGCUCCCUCGCCCUCUCUGUCUUGGGAGGAACGAGAUCAGAUCGCAGAAGGCAUCGGGUUGUUCUUGGGCCGGUGUAUUGCCGGGGACAAUCGUGGAUCAAGUGGGCGUGACAAGCUGCCGCUUGGGUCCAAGCUGUGGAUUGUUGUGCGUGACUACGCAGGGCAGAUUUACACUCCUGUCAAAGUCACGAGGUCCUGGGCAACAGCGAAGCCAUUGGUGAAGCCUGCUGGACCCGACCCUGGAGACAGUGUGUUUGUUGGUGUGCCGAGUGAGCGAGAGGCGAGGAAGGCUGUGGCUGCGGAGCCCUACGUGUUCCUGUCCGGAGUGAUACAAACGCGCUACAGCGUGUGCCAAUUCAACAUUGACUCCGAAGAGGGUCAAAUCAGUUCCCAGGUCAUUUUGAUCACAGAAUUUGAAGGCAAGAAACUAGUGGAAACCCAUUUGGAGGAGUUCGACUGCGACUAUGUCUUUGGAGUGGUGCCAAACGAGAUUUUGUUGCCGUCAGCAGAUGCCUUGGUUGCGGUUGCCCAAGAUCAUUUUGCUUUUUUCUCUGCUGCGGAGGAAGAAGUAGCCUUAGUGGAUGCAGAAGAAGCAGAAGAAGGAGACAUUUUGGCAGAAGAGGAGCGCGAGAAGCCUGCGAGAAGGGUGCGUCCAAAGGCCGCCGCAUCUGGAUCGGCCGGGCUUGCGAAAAGAGUGGAAGCUAUAGAGCAUGCGGUGGACAAGAUUGCUGGAAUCGCACACGACAGCCUGGAGGAGAUGCAGAAGCUUCUGACCCGCAAUACAAAGGCUGCGAAGGUGAAGGACAUGAACAGGGUACACUUCAUGCAUCCCCUUUCCGAGGACGAGGAGGACGAGGCGUCAGAAGGAGCAGAAGAAUCUGGGUCUCCCGUGGAUGGCGAUCCUAUGAGCCUGAGUCUGAGCAAGCUCACGGCAAUUGUGGAGAUGCUUGCGGAGGAGAGAAAGAAGAAAGCCAGCCAGACCAAGAUCGAGCAGGCAUUGGACACUGCCAGCCAUACUGGCGAGUCUUCGACCCUUGGUGGUGGAAAGAAGAAUGCUGCAGCCCGCAGGGCCCUAAGGUCGACCUUCCACCAAGAUCCCCUCGAGAUAGCCAACCUCAUAGAGAAGAUGAUGUGGGAGGAUCUUCACAGUCAAACGCUGGGGCCUGGACAGACAGCGCACAACAUGAAUGCCAGAAGCUGGGUGGAGUUCAGAUCCAAGAUUGGCAAUUUCAAAACAUCUGCCCAUUGUGCCUGGAGCGCGGCGGGUAUUUUGGAUGCGAUCAUUGCUGAAGAUGUUGCCCGGGCGCGGGCACGCGCGGCGCUGCUUUUGCUGAUGCUGGAUCAAUGCAGCAUCGACCAUGGAUCUUGGGUGCUCGCUUCAGAGCUUUCACUGGAAGGGACGCCUCCGUUUGCUUCGCUGGCUUCUCAUCGGCUGCCAGUGGUGACAGACGGCGAGUUGCCGUAUUCCAAGCUGCUCGAGGAAUGUGGGCAAGGUCUUCAGUGCGACUUCAAGCCGGAGCACAGCCAAGGAGGGCCUGACGUCAGAUGCAGAGCCAAAAAGACGGGCAAAGCAGAAAGCCAAGGCCAAAGCAGGCCCGGCUGCCCAGCACAGCACAGCACCGGAAUGAAGAGGGGCGCUGGUGCUCCCUCUGCAGCGGAAGAUAGCACUUCGAAGAAGGUGCCGGGCGCUGCUGCUUGUCCUGUGCGUGUGGAAGCUUUUUUGAAUUCGUUUCCAAGGUGGCUUCUGAAGAUUGAUGGCUGCCUUCGGGAUUUUUUCCGGUCCAUCCUGAACCCUGGUGCUGCAGAUAGCGCCACAUCACGCGCUGCUUCAAUCUGGCCUAUGCCGCUGCCGUACCCUGAAGUUUUUGUCAAGGAUGGCCACAAAGCUGUGGAUGCACCAUGGAAACGGCUGGUUUGUCUGCAGGUGGUUGUUUUUGACUGGCUAGUGCUGAACAGGCCCCGAAAGGCGCCUGGUUGCUUGAGGUUGGGGCAGAGACUGACUUCUAGGCAAUGGCCGGUGGUUAAGAACCUGGAGUUUUUGGCUCGUGAUGGUAAUUCACCUGAAUUAGUUUUGGCUCAUGACAUGGGGCGAGCGGCAUCGAAGGUUGAGGGCUUUCAAGAUGAGCUGGACGCCCUGUGCAGAGCUGCUGCUUUUUUGCAUGUUGAGGAGAGUUCCUACUUUGGGACUGGUCUGACGCACAGCUUUGAGAGCGAUGGCAGUGACAUGAGAUGUGGUGCUCUGGUAGGGGCGCUUGGUGAAACCUCGGUUAUGGCUGCAAAACCUCUGGUAGCUGAGAGGCUCUCCUUUCUUGCCAAGCCUUGUUUCAAUCCCCGCCCCUUUUUUGAUGAGGAAACUUUGCAGCGGUAUGACAAGCCGCUGACCGAUGGCCUGGACCCAGCGAAUGCUCCUGUGCCCCCGAAAGUGCAGAUUCCGGCUACUAAGGAAAACAAGCUUGCGCUCUUGCGUAAGAUGGCUCAGAGCGGCAUGCUUCAACCCCUUGAGCCUGGCUCCUUCCCUGACAAAUACAGAUCAGGCCUUUUUGCUGUUCACAAGGACGAGAACAAAGACAGGAUGGUUUUGGACGGCAGACCAGCGAAUCUGCUGGAUAAGGGGCAGAGCAAAUGGUGCGCUGCGAUGGCUUCAGCCUCUGCUUUAGCUGGAAUUUGCCUCGAGGAUGACAGAAUCCUCAUUGGCAGCGGUGAGGACCUGAAGGAUUACUUUUACCAGUUUGUGGUAAACUCCGAGAGAACCUCCCGCAAUGUGCUUGCUUGCAAUUUGACUGAAGCAGAAGCGAAAGACAUCUUUGGUGAGGGGUUACAAUGGUCACAGUUUCCGAUGCAGGUUGGGCUGUCCACUUUGGCAAUGGGAGACAAAUGUGCUUGCGAGUUUGCGCAGUGUGCACACAUCGCCUUAUGCUUGCAGCACAAUGUCUGCCUGAUCGAUGAAGUCAUCAGUUUGAGAGGGGCAAUACCCAGGGGCUUACUGCAAGUUGGGAUCAUUGUGGAUGAUCUUGUGAUAUUGGAGCAAGUCCUCAGGAGCUGCUCCUCUGCUGAUGGUUGGUUUGAACAGACAAAGUCGGCUGAGCGUGUGAAAAGGGUGCGUGCAGGUUAUGCCCAUGCUCACCUGCUCAACAAUCCCAAAAAGGCCUUUGAGGGCGAAACCUUGAUGAAGUUUUGGGGCUGUGAGAUUGACGGUGUGAAGGGCAUCCUCCGCUGCGCCAGUUCACGGCUGUGGCCUACAGUGCUCAUUACAAUGCGCACUGCCAUGCUGGGUUUAGCCACAGUGGGGCUUAUGGAAGCUUUAGCUGGUUGCUGGGUGUCCUUGCUGAGCGUGCGGCGGCGUCUUUACUGCCUGCUGGAUUGCAUUUUUGAGCCGCUGGGGAUGUCAGAUAGGCCGCGAGAGGUCUUGAGACUUUCUACUCAGAUGAAGGACGAAAUGCAAGUUCUUUGCGUGGUGGCUACCCUUGCUGCCGUCAAUUUGCGAGCUCAGCAUGCCAACAGCAUUAGCGCCACUGAUGCUUCUAUGUCUGGGAUGGGGAGUGUGCGUGGCGUGUUGCCAAAGUUUGUGGCAAAGGAGCUGGCCAGACACUGCCUGAAAAAGGGAAACUGGUCAAAGCUUUUACCACCUGGCAAAGCAUGGCUGCGGCAACAUGACCUUUUGGCUGAAUGUGAUGAGCUUCCUGCCGAACACUAUGUUUGCCACCCGUUUUGGGAAGUCAUUGCUCGCGGCAUCCAGUAUGAGGAAGCUUGGAGGCUCAGAGUCGAGAGGCCACUGCACAUCAACAUUUUGGAGUUGAGGGCUUUUUUGCGAGAAGAGCGUUUUUUGUGCACUUCCUUUCAACACCUCCGCACUUUUCACGGGCUAGACAGUCAGGUAUGUCUUGGUGCUUUGGUGAAAGGACGUGCUGCGUCAAAAGCGCUGAAUGCUGAGCUGCAAAGAAACUUAGCUUACCCCAUAGGUUCCGAUAUCUAUGGGAAUUACCUUUUCUUUCAGACGCAGUUCAAUCGAGCGGAUGCCCCUUCCAGAGGUGCCGAAGUUGAACCCCCGGACAUUGAGCUGCCAGCUUGGUAUGUGCGGAUGGUUGAAGGCGACCUCACCCUUUUUGAUGUUUGGAUGCAACAGCAAGCCUCUUCUUUUUUGCCAGAUGAGCCACCCUUUCACGAGCUAUGCUCCUGCUCUCGGGUUGUGUUGAAGCCCGCCUCAAAGUGUGGCGGAAGAAGGAGAAGCAAGCUCAGAAAGCGGCCAUGUGCAGCCAAUCUACCUGAUGCUGUGCCUGACCCUUUCUACGAGGAUGGUGUUCCGAGUUUGCUGUCUCAAGAAGCUAAAGAGCUGCUUCGUUCUUUUCCGAAGCGGCAGUUCCUGUUCAGCAAGGACUUUCAGGGUUUUGCAUGUGCCGGCGCCAUCGACCUGUUCAGCGGCUCCUUUGGCGUUGCAAAGCAGAUGAUAAAAUGGGGUGCCCCCUUUGUGUUGACGUUUGAGUGGAACAGGUCAACUGAGGAGGACCUACUGAACCCUGAAGUCAGAGAAAGGAUCUUGCGGCUGCUGCGGUUGAGAGCUUUCAGUACGUUUGGGGCUGCACCCAUAUGCUCCUCUUUUAGCCGUGCUGUGACACCACCUGUUCGCAGCAUGUGUUACCCUCGAGGCAAGCCAGGGCUCAGGCCUUCCAUGCGGUUGAAAGUUUCACAGGGCAACUCUCACUCUGACUUUGUAUGUGACUGCCUGGAAGCUGGAAGUGAGGUCGAGUUGAUCUACUUUGUGGAGAACCCUGACACCAGCUGGUGGUGGUGGCAAAAAAGGUGGGGUGCGUACAGGUCUCCUCAGAGCGAUCGCAUCUUUAGGUGCUGCUUUUGCAGGUUUGGAACCAGAUGGAGGAAGGCGACGCGCAUCGCUACCAACACCGCACUAGCGGGAAAAACCAUGUGGUGCCAGUGCAAGCGGCAGCACGUUCGCCUUAGAGGCAUGCACCCAGUAAGAAAGAUACCUAUGACUCGGGUGGCACAGCCUUACCCAGCUGGACUCAGCCGGCUUCUGGCCAUUGCGUUGUGCACUGCGGCCAAGUGGUGCCGGAGGGAAAAGCUGAAUGUUGCGAUGUGUGCCAGAGCUGGCUGCAGCCGAAUAGGGGAAGCCUCCAACCCUGGUCCUGCUCGACGCCGCCAAGGUGAAGAUCGUUUUACUUUGGAAAGCUUGCCGAUUCAGACUGCUCGCACUCUUGCCAUGGAAGGUCGUUUUUUGGAAGAGUUUUUGCGUUGGUGCAACUCUGAGCUGAAAACUGUGCGUGCGGAGGGGUUCUUUGACAAGGUGCCUGCACUUCUCCCUGUAGUGCUGCGCACGUACGGUGAUUUAGUUUUUCAGAGAGGCGGAAGCCUAAGCACCUACCGCCAUUUGCUUCUUGCGGCCCAACGUUGGAAACCUUUGUGCAGGCCAUACAUGAGUAGCGCUUGGGAGCUUGUUGAACGUUGGGAAGCUCAAACACCAGUUGUGCAUAGGGCUCCAGUUCCCGAGGUCUUAGUGAAGGCUAUGUGUGCCCUUGCUUGGCAGCUUGACUGGACUGCAUGGGUUGGUGCGACUCUUUUGGCUUUCUACGGUGCUGGACGUUUGGGAGAAGUGCUGAGAUGCUGCCGGGAAGACCUUCUCCUACCAGAAGACCUUUUGCAAGACGCUGGUGGCGCUACUUUCCUGCGGCUGCGAAACUUCAAGAGCAGGAAUCGCCAACCGGCGAAAAUUCAGCACAUGAAAAUCACAGACACCACGGCUUCUAGGCUUGUCUCCAGGAUUUUUAAGCAUAUGCCCCUUGAUGCCGCCUUGUUCGAGGGCACUGCUUAUCAGUACAGGAAACGAUGGGACCUACUUUUGCAGAUGUUAGGUAUCACAAAAGAGGCAGCUUUAACUCCUGGAGGCCUCAGAGCUGGUGCAGCUGUUUUCCAUUACCGCAAUGGAAAAGGUGUCCAAGAUUUGCUAUGGCUGAUGCGUCUGAGGUCACAAACUACUUUAGAAGCUUACUUACAAGAGGUGGCAGCUCUCAACACUUUUGCAAAGUUCAGUGCUGAUGUGCCGGCUUUUCCCAAUAGUGGUACAGCCCAUUUGCUGGUUACUGGCCCUCCUUUGCCUUUUAGCUGCCCUUGGAACUUCGUCUACGUGGCCUUCACCCCCGUCGUGGUGCAGCUGCAAUGGCCAGCUCUCUCGCUUACAUGGGCGAUGGUCGUGCAAAAAGAGCUUCGCAGUUGA